GUGUGUGUGUGUGUGUGUGUGUGUGUGUGUGUGUGUGUGUGUCCGUCCCACAAUGCUUUGCGGCAGGGACGGUGCUGAAGCUGCGCGCCUCUCAGACGACGCAGCCUCCCCAGCCAGAUAGCUUCUUCUUUUUUUAAGUAAAAAGCUGUAAAAAGGUUCAUGUUUAUGUUCAUAUUUCAUUCCGCCAAGCGCUAACUUUUUAAAAAAAAUUUGCCGCCCUUUUUCUCCCGGGUCCAAGCAGCGCAUCCUUUAUGCACAGCACGCCGCUGACAGAGCACCAUGUCCGGCUGCAGGCACCACUAGGCGGCAUGGACGCCAAGCAGCACCACAUCAAGAGCCUCAAAAGCUACCCGGAGACCGGCGGCAGGAGUCUGGCGGCGGCGGCGGGAAGCGGAGGCGGAGACGACGGAGGUGGAGUCGGCGAGAUGGACAUGGAGACGAAGAUCCAGAAAGCCGUCGACUUCAAGGCCGAGGGGCACCGCUGUUACAAGGAGAAGAAAUUCCGCGAGGCGAUCGGCAAAUAUCACCGGGCUCUGCUCCAGCUGAAGGGGACGCACGUCGUCGACGGAACCACCGGCUCUGAGGUCAACCUUCUCAGCCAGGCGGCCGCCAAACUGACGGAGGAGCAGCGGAGGGCCGUGGACAACACCGAGAUAGAGUGUUAUGACAGCCUGACAGCCUGUCUGUUGCAGUCAGAGCUGGUCAACUACGAGCGGGUGAAGGAGUACUGCCUGAAGGUGCUGAGUCAUCAGAGGGACCACUUCAAGGCCAUGUACCGCGCCGGCAUUGCCUUCUACCACUUGGGCGACUACGAGUGCGCCCUGCGCUACCUGAAAGACGCCAAGAGCCGCGAGCCUGCAGACACCAACGUGCUGCGCUACAUCCAGCUGACAGAGAUGAAGAUGAGCAAGACUGGACUGCGAGAACGAGAGAUGGGCAAAGAGACGCAGGGCUGACCUUUGACCUUUCCCGCCCGCCGAACGCCCUUAAUGCUAUUUUGACCUUUCCCGUGGAAUCCUGCCUCGGCGCUCCCGACCAUGACGGCACAGAGCAGGUGACGGACAUCUUCCUCCUCUCCUCCUGUUUGUCCCUCAGCUGCCGUGGGCCCUUCUUCUCCCUCCGGCUGUCUUGUGCUCCUCUCCAACACGGACCUGGCAAACGCUUCCCUUCCCCGCCCUCCUCCUCCUCCUUCUCUGCGGGAGGAGGAGAGGCCGGGGAAGAAGUGUGCGACGCAUCCAGCGGAGCGUGUCCUUGAAGGCAUCAUCAGGAGGGCUCACUCAGGCCCUUGAAGCAGACUUCUCCUCUUAAUAACACUUAUGGACCUUUUCUUUUCCAAUUAAGGGCUAAUUUGAUGUCUUUCUAAUUUCUCGCUUCUUUUCUCCCCCCCCCUCUCACUCUCCAACCGUGCGGUGCUGCAGUUUCUUCAGUUUGUUGUCCAAAAAAGCCCCCAGACUGACUGAAAGGAAACAAAAGUAACCAACAAAACAACACAUUCAAUUUAACAAAAAGUUGUAUUCAAUAGCAAAACAUGAUACAUCUAUUUAUGAAUAUAUUUUGGAAUAUUUGAUAGUGAUGACAACAUGUAAAUACAUUAUUAUUCAUGAUAGUAUAUACGGGAUCAGAAACACUGAUGUAAAAUAUAAGAAGAGGCACUUAUUGGCCACAACAUGAUUUAUUGUCCUCACACCUCCUUUGGACCCACAUAAGUCAAACCACUAUUUUAUUUCAUGCUAAUUAUUAUAUUUCACUUUUAUAUACAGUAGAAGCCAACGGUUUGGACAGUACUUCUCUUUUCUAUGCGUUUUCUUUAUUGUCAUGACUAUUUACAUCUAGAUUGUCACAAAGGCCAUUAACCAAAAAACCAUUCCAGGUGUUGACCUCCUGAAGCUCAUGAAGAGAAUGCCCAGAGUGUGCAAAGCAGUAAUCAGAGCAAAAAAAGGCUAUUUUGAAGAAAUGUUUUCAGUGAUUUCACCUUUUUUUUUGUUAAGUACACACUAAAAAAUGUUGGGUUGAAAAAUAACCCAGUUUUAACCCGGCUGCUGGUUCAGAAAAGGAAAAAAAAAAGGUGUUUGAGUUAUUUUAACUCGACAUUUUAGGUUCAUUUUUUCAACCCAACUUUUGCGUUAAUUUUUUUUUUUUUUUUUUUUUCUACAGCUUGUCCCUUUUGGGGUUACAGGGGGGCCUGGAGCUUAUCUCAGCUGCAUUCAGGCGAAAGGCGGGGUACACCCUGGACAAGUCGCCACCUCAUCACAGGGCCAAAACAGAUCGUUAAAUUAUUUAACCCGAAAGUUGAGUCCAUCCAUUUUCUACCACUUAUUCCCUUUUGGGAUCGCGGGGUGCGCUGGGGUUUAUCUCAGCUACAAUUGGGCGGAAGGCGGGGUACACCCUGGACAAGUCGCUACCUCUUCACAGGGCCAAAACAGAUCGUUAAAUUAUUUAACCCGAAAGUUGAGUCCAUCCAUUUUCUACCACUUAUUCCCUUUUGGGGUCGCGGGGGGCACUGGGGCCUAUCUCAGCUACAAUCGGGCGGAAGGCGGGGUACACCCUGGACAAGUCGCCACCUCUUCACAGGACCAACACAGAUCGUUAAAUUAUUUAACCCGAAAGUUGAGUCCAUCCAUUUUCUACCACUUAUUCCCUUUUGGGGUGGCGGGGGGGCGCUGGCGCCUAUCUCAGCUACAAUCGGGCGGAAGGCGGGGUACACCCUGGACAAGUCGCCACCUCUUCACAGGGCCAAAACAGAUCGUUAAAUUAUUUAACCCGAAACUUGAGUCCAUCCAUUUUCUACCGCUUAUUCCCUUUUGGGGUCGCGGGGGGGGCGCUGGCGCCUAUCGCAGCUACAAUCCGGCGGAAGGCGGGGUACACCCUGGACAAGUCGCCACCUCUUCACAGGGCCAAAACAGAUUGUUAAAUUAUUUAACCCGAAAGUUGAGUCCAUCCAUUUUCUACCACUUAUUCCCUUUUGGGGUCGCGGGGGACGCUGGCGCCUAUCUCAGCUACAAUCGGGCGGAAGGCGGGGUACACCCUGGACAAGUCGCCACCUCUUCACAGGGCCAAAACAGAUUGUUAAAUUAUUUAACCCGAAAGUUGAGUCAUAAUAACUUAAUGUACUAACCAAACU